AAAACUUUUGACAUGGCAGGAUGAAGUCAUGAAGGUUGACAACGUGCGAUUCAUCCGAACUAGGGUUUAUCUCAGCCCUUUUUAAAUCACAUAUCCAAAAAGGAAUUGAGAAGGUUGAAAAUACGAGUUAAAUCAGAAGGGGAAACGUAAUCUGAGAUCGUCUGUUUACCGGGGCGGUGUUGCUCGGUGUUAAUCUAUUUUCCAAUGUGCAUUGCGCCAAAUUGAGCAACGCCCAUUCUCAGGAACAUGGCGGAGAAGCAGCUGGUCGUGGCCGUUGAAGGCACUGCCGCCAUGGGUCCCUAUUGGCAAGCCGUUGUUUCCGAUUACCUGGACAAGAUCAUCAGGUACUUUUGUGGUAAUGAGUUGGCAGGGCAGAAGCCCUCUUCUUCUAACUUUGAGCUCUCUCUGGUCAUGUUUAAUGCUCAUGGAUCUUAUUGUAGUUGCUUAGUACAACGAAGUGGUUGGACAAGAGAUGUUGAUCUUUUCUUGCAGUGGCUGUCUGCUUUACCCUUUGCUGGUGGUGGUUUCAAUGAUGCUGCAAUUGCAGAAGGGCUUGCUGAAGCUCUGAUGAUGUUCUCUGUUGCUGCAAAUGGAAGCCAAACCCAACAAAAUGUGGAUGGACAACGACAUUGCAUUCUAGUAGCUGCAAAUAACCCUUAUCCCUUGCCCACACCAGUUUAUCAACCACAAAUGCAAAACAUGGAACAGAAUGAGAGCAUUGAAUCACAAACAGAAAGUCGUCUUUCUGAUGCAGAGGCAGUUGCUAAAUCAUUUGCUCAGUGCUCUGUUUCUUUGUCAGUCAUUUGUCCAAAACAGCUUCCGAAACUAAAAUCAAUUUAUAAUGCGGGAAAGCGCAAUCCCCGAGUAGCAGAUCCACCAGUUGAUAAUGUUAAAAACCCUCAUUUCCUGGUUCUAAUCUCAGAUAGUUUCAUGGAGGCUCGUGCUGCUUUAAGUCGGCCUGGACUUUCAAAUAUGACAGCAAAUCAGAGUCCUGUAAAAAUGGAUAUAGCUUCAGUUCCUCAGGUUUCAGCGGCCCCUCCUGCUUCUAUUCCAUCAGUGAAUGGUAUCAUGAACCGGCCAACAAUUGCUGUUGGAGCUGUCCCGACUGCUACUGUAAAAGUUGAACCAAGCACGGUAACUUCCAUCACAUCUGGACCUGGUUUUCCACAUAUUCCAUCUGUCCCACGUGCUGCUUCUCAAGGAGUUCCAAGCCUUCAGACUUCUUCACCAUCUUCUACUUCUCAGGAGAUGAUCUCAAAUGGUGACAAUGUCCAAGAUUUGAAACCUAUAGUGAGUGGUAUAUCACAGACCUUACGUCCUGUGGUUCCCGCUGCAGCAAAUGUAAGCAUUCUGAACAACCUCUCUCAAGCACGGCAAGUGAUGCAUUCUGCAGCCCUAAGUGGGGGAACUUCUAUAGGACUUCAGUCAAUGGGUGGGACUUCCAUGGCUAUGCAUAUGUCAAAUAUGAUAUCCAGUGGAAUGGCAUCAUCUGUACCUGCCACUCAAACUGUGUUCUCAUCUGGGCAGUCAGCUGUCUCAUCAAUAACUGGAUCAGGGACACUAGCAGGAACUGCACAGGUUGCACAAAACUCAGCUCUUGGUUCGUUCACUUCAGCAACUUCUAAUAUGUCAGUAAACUCAAACCUUGGCAUUUCUCAACCAUUGAGUAAUCUUCAAGGAGGUGUUAGUAUGGGCCAAACAGUACCUGGAAUGAGCCAAGGGAAUCUUCCUGGAGGACAAAUGGUACAAAGUGGAAUUGGUAUGAACCAGAACAUGAUGAGUGGUCUUGGUCCAUCAGGUAUAUCUUCUGGAACUGGCACAAUGAUUCCUACUCCAGGAAUGUCUCAACAAGUGCAACCAGGAAUGCCAUCUCUUGGUGUGAACAACAAUGCAGCAGCUAAUAUGCCCUUACCACAGCAGACAUCAGGUGCUAUGCAAACAGCACAGUCCAAAUAUGUAAAGGUCUGGGAGGGAAACUUAUCGGGGCAGAGACAAGGGCAGCCUGUUUUCAUCACCAGACUUGAAGGUUAUAGAAGCGCAUCGGCUUCAGAGUCGCUUGCAGCAAACUGGCCUGCGACGAUGCAAAUAGUACGGCUUAUAUCCCAGGACCACAUGAAUAACAAGCAGUACGUUGGGAAAGCAGAUUUUCUAGUUUUUCGAGCAAUGAACCAGCAUGGAUUUCUUGGGCAGCUGCAGGAAAAGAAGCUUUGUGCAGUCAUCCAGUUACCAUCUCAGACAUUGCUGCUCUCUGUUUCUGACAAAGCCUGCCGUUUGAUAGGAAUGCUUUUUCCUGGGGACCGGAGUAUGGGGAAGACGAUUGGCAUAGGACGUGAGUCUCAAGGCCUCUAUCACCUCACCUCGGAUUCAUCUCCUACAGUUUGCAUUUCCACUGAUGCUCCUCUCCUCAUUCACAGUCGUUUGGGCCACCCUAAUCUCUCCAAGUUCGAGAAGAUGGUCCCUUGUUUUUCCACUUUGUCGUCGCUUUCGUGUGAGUCAUGUCAGCUUGGGAAACAUACUCCUGUCUCGUUCCCAAAGCGUUUGAAUAAUCGGGCAAAGUCUCCUUUUGAGCUUAUCCACACUGAUGUUUGGGGUCCUUGUCAGACUGCUUCUACUUUAGAAUUUCAGUAUUUUGUCACUUUCAUUGAUGACUAUUCUCGAUGUACUUGGUUAUUUUUAAUGAAAAAUAGAGCUGAGUUAUUCUCUAUUUUCCAGAAAUUUUAUGCUGAAAUCUAAACCCAGUUCAAUAUUUCUAUUCGUGUGUUAUGCAGUGAUAAUGCCAGGGAAUAUUUUUCAGCUCCAUUUACUUCAUUUAUGUCUCAUAAUGGGAUUCUUCAUCAGUCUUCUUGUGCUCAUACUCCUCAACAAAAUUGGGUAGCUGAACGCAAGAAUCGACAUCUUGUUGAGACAACUCAUACUAUCCUUCUUCAUAGUAAUGUUCCUUUUCGUUUUUGGGGGGACGCUGUUCUUACUGCUUGUUAUUUAAUUAAUUGUAUGCCCUCCUCUGUUUUACAUGAUCAGAUUCCUCAUUUCCUUCUCUUCCCUGACCAACCACUUUAUUUCUUUCCUCCUCGUGUCUUUGGUUGUACUUGUUUUGUUCAUAUUCUCACUCCUGGACAGGACAAGCUUUCCGCCAAAGCCAUGAAGUGCCUCUUCUUGGGAUAUUCUAGACUUCAUAAGGGUUAUCGCUGUUAUUCCCUUGAGACUCAUUGAUACUUUAUCUCCACUGAUGUCACUUUCUUUGAGGACUCACCAUUCUUUUCCACCACUUCUGAGUCUCUUUCUGUUUCUAAAGUCUUGCCCCUUCCUAUUGUCUCCCCAUCUGAUGUUGUGCCUCCUCGACCACUUCAGGCUUAUCAUCGUCGCCCUCGUGUCGCUGCUCCUCUCCCUUUUGCUAAGGCACCUGCUGACUCACUUCCUAUUCCUUCGGCUUCUCCUGCCCCGGCUCUGCCUUCUCCUGAUGAUUUACCCAUUGCUAUUCGGAAAGGUACUCGCUCUACUCAUAAUCCUCAUCCUAUUUACAAUUUUUUGAGUUAUCAUCGAUUAUCUUCACCCUAUUCUGCUUUUGUUUCUGCUAUAUCCUUUGUUUCUUUUCCAAAGAGCACCCAUGAAGCUCUUUCCCAUCCAGGUUGGCGACAGGCAAUGGUGGAUGAAAUGGAUGCUCUGCACUCUAAUGGCACUUGGGAUCUUGUUGUUUUACCCUCUGGUAAAUUUACAGUUGGCUGUCGUUGGGUCUAUGCAGUUAAGGUUGGUCCUGAUGGUCAGGUUGAUCGCCUUAAGGCCCACUUAGUUGCUAAAGGCUAUACUCAGGUUUAUGGUUCUGAUUAUGGUGACACAUUCUCCCCGGUUGCCAAGAUUGCUUCUGUCUGCUUGCUUCUCUCCAUGGCUGCUAUGUGUUCUUGGCCUCUUUAUCAGUUGGAUAUUAAAAAUGCCUUCCUUCAUGGUGAUCUUGGUUUAGUGUGCAGGUUACGCCGUUCUCUAUAUGGCUUGAAACAAUCUCCUCGAGCAUGGUUUGGCCGUUUUAGUUCUGUUGUUCAAGAGUUUGACAUGCUUUGCAGUAUAGUAGACCAUUCAGUUUUCUAUCAUCAUAACUCCUUGGGGCAGUGUAUUUAUCUGGUUGUUUAUGUGGACGACAUCGACAUUACAGGCAGUGAUCAGGAUGAUAUUCAGAAACUAAAGCAACAUCUUUUUACCCACUUUCAGACCAAAAACUUGGGGAAACUCAAGUAUUUAUUGGGAAUUGAGAUAGCUCAAUCCAGUUCCGGUGUGGUCCUUUCCCAAAGGAAGUAUGCUUUAGACAUCCUAAAAGAAACUGGUAUGUUAGACUGUAAACCGAUAGACACACCUAUGGAUCCGAAUGUCAAACUUGUACUAGGACAGGGGGAGCCUUUAGGAGACCCUAGGAGAUAUCGAAGGCUCGUAGGUAAAUUGAACUAUCUCACCAUUACUCGUCCAGACAUUUCUUUUCCUGUGAGUGUUGUUAGUCAAUUCCUACAGUCACCAUGUGAUAGCCAUUGGGAUGUCGUAAUCCGCAUUCUUCAAUAUAUCAAAAGUACACCAGGCCAAGGUGUGUUGUACGAGAACAAAGGUCAUACUCAGGUUGUUGGUUACACAGAUGCAGAUUGGGCUGGCUCACCCAUAGAUAGACGUUCCACUUCAGGGUACUGUGUUUUUAUUGGAGGUAAUCUAAUAUCUUGGAAGAGUAAGAAACAAGAUGUAGUGGCCAGAUCUAGUGCUGAAGCUAAGUAUCGAGCUAUGGCUUUGACAACAUGUGAACUCAUAUGGUUGAGACAUCUUCUACGAGAGUUGAGAUUUGGAAAGGAUGAACAGAUGAAACUCAUCUGUAAUAACCAGGCCGCAUUACAUAUUGCAUCCAAUCCAGUCUUUCAUGAAAGGACCAAACAUAUUGAAGUUGACUGUCACUUCAUUAGAGAGAAGAUCGCGUCAGGAUGUGUUGCUACAAGUUUUGUUAAUUCAAAUGAUCAACUAGCAGACAUCUUCACUAAAUCUCUCAGAGGUCCUAGGAUUAAAUACAUUUGUAACAAGCUUGGUGCAUAUGAUGUAUAUGCUCCAGCUUGAAGGGGAGUGUUGAAUAUAAUGAAUUUAUAGUGUACAAUAUUUCCUUUUUAAUAUAGGUCACAUGUAUGGUAGUUAGGACUCCUAGCCUUGUAUAUAUAUAUUUUCUUAAUUGUAAGUAGACACAAUGAAUGAGAAUCAAGGUUUUCUUC